CGCGACAGAAAGCUGUCUUCUCCACGCUGUAUGGUCUAAACUCGUGUGUGUUGAUUUGCUUGGUUUAAAUCAUGGAGACCAAACGCUCAGACUCAUUCGGGAAGAAACCUAAACCCGCGAAGAUGAAAGACGGAGACGACCCAGUGAAGAACUUCGAGAAAUGGAAGAAAAAAUACAAGAAGACGCAGGCGCGAGUGAAGCGAGAGAAAGCGCAGAAGAAGAAGCCGGAGUGGCAGGUCGAGAGGGAGUACAUCCAGAGGCUGGUUAGCAGGUACCCUCACAUCAACACAAAAGAGGCCGUCAAGUUCUCAGACUUCCCCAUUUCAAAGAAGACCCUGCUGGGGCUGCAGGAGGCUCAGUAUCGGCAGCCCACAGAGAUCCAGAGACAGACCGUUGGCUUCGCUUUGCAAGGGAAAGAUGUCCUCGGCGCGGCUAAGACUGGCUCCGGGAAGACGUUAGCCUUCCUCAUCCCGGUGCUGGAGUGUCUUUACCGGCAGCAGUGGAGCUCCAUGGAUGGCCUUGGUGCACUCAUCAUUUCCCCUACCAGAGAACUUGCCUACCAGACCUUCGAAGUCCUGCGCAAGGUGGGCAAGAACCACGAGUUCUCCGCGGGGCUCAUCAUAGGUGGGAAAGAGCUGAAGAGUGAGUCGGAGAGGAUCCAUCGCACCAACAUCGUCAUCUGCACCCCUGGCCGGUUGCUCCAGCACAUGGACGAGACGGCCACCUUCCACGCCUCCGAUCUCCACAUGCUAGUCCUGGACGAGGCGGACCGCAUCCUGGACAUGGGCUUCGCCGAUACACUCAACGCCAUCUUGGAGAAUCUCCCGAAUUCCCGGCAGACGCUGCUGUUCUCCGCCACGCAGACCAAGUCCGUCAAAGACCUAGCUCGGCUCAGCCUCAAAGACCCAGCGUACGUGUGGGUUCACGAGAAGGCCAAGUUCAGCACGCCAGCCACCCUGGAGCAGAGCUAUGUGGUGUGUGAGCUUCACCAGAAGGUCAACAUGCUCUACUCCUUCAUCAGGAGCCACCUGAAGAAGAAGGUCAUUGUCUUCUUUGCAUGCUGUAAGGAGGUACAGUACCUUUUCCGGGCCUGCUGCCGCCUCAGACCUGGCAUGCCCAUCUUGGCUUUGCAUGGCAAGCAGCAGCAGAUGAAGAGGGUGGAGGUCUACAACGACUUCCUCAGAAAGCAGAAUGCUGUGCUCUUCGCCACUGACAUCGCCGCCAGAGGCCUGGACUUCCCCGCUGUCAACUGGGUGCUGCAGUUCGACUGUCCGGAGGAUGCAGACACCUACAUCCACAGGGUGGGCCGCACUGCCAGGUACAAGGAGGGUGGAGAAGCCCUGCUGCUGCUGCUUCCAUCAGAGGAGAAGGGCAUGGUCGGCCAGCUGCAGGAGAAGAAGGUUCCCAUCAAUAAGAUCCAGGUGAACCCAGACAAACUGCAGAGCGUCCAGCAGAAGCUGGAGGCCUUCCUGGCCCAGGAGAAGGAGCAGAAGGAGAGGGCCCAGAGGUGUUUUGUUUCCUACCUGCGCUCCAUUUACCUGAUGAAGAACAAAGAGGUGUUUGACGUCUUUAAACUCCGGCUUCAGGAGUACGCCAUUUCUCUUGGCCUCGCUGUGGCUCCAAGGGUGCGCUUCUUAAAUAAAGUUCAGGCACAGAGAGGUGAGAGAGGUGGGCAGAGAGAGGUGGAGCAGCCUGAAGAAGAAGAGGAGCUGAGGAGCUUUAAGGCCCAGCUGAGAGGAAACAUCCCUCAUGUGGAAGAUCAAAACUCUGAGUCUGAAGACUUGGAUGAUGAUGAUGAUGAGGAAAGUGGUGAUGAACAAUAUGUGGAUCAGUCCAGGGCACUACUUCUAGGUUCAGAUGACAAUGAUGAUGAUGAUGAUCUAAGAGAUUUGGAUCUGUUGAUGGUCAAAAGAAAGGACGUCUUCAGUCUUACAGAGGACCAGGAGAGUCUGGAGGAACCUUUAAAUGGCCCCAAGAAGAAAAUGGAAAAAGAGACAAAGUUCAAAGAUGCCAAAAAGGUGCUUAAGAGGAACUUCCAAGUCAACACCAAAGUGACUUUUAAUGAAGAGGGAGACGCUAUGCAGCUGUGGCCACCAGUUCAACGGGCAGUGACUGGUGAAGAGGAGGAAGAGGAGGAGGGUUCAGGUAUCAAUGUGGAGAAGGCCAGGGAGAGACUGAAAAAGGAAGACCAGGAGUUUGACAAGGAUGAGUACAGGCGCAAAGUGAAAGCCAAACACACAGAGAAGAGGCUGAAGGAAAAGGCAGCCAGGAGGGAGGCCAGCAAGCAGCACAGGCAGCAGUCUGACGACGAGGACGAGGUGGUGGCGUACCUGGCCAAUCACAGCGAUGAUGAGUUUGACCCCAGCACCCUGCCGGACCCCGACAAACAGGCCCACGAGGAGGGGGUUGGGGGGGGGCAGUAUCAGAUAAGGUCCACUAAACGGGAGCACAGCAGUGAAAGCAGUGAUGAGGAAGAUGAGGAGCUCACAGCAGUGAGGAGGAAGAACGUGAGACAGCAGGAUGAUGAGCACUCAGCUCUGGACACAGGUCUCUCUCUGGCUGAAGAUGAGGAUUUAGUCUUACAUCUGCUGGGAGGACGGAGGUAGAGACAACAGGGACAAGUCAGAACUUUGUUUAACUGAUGAGUUCACGGUGACGGAUGAUGCUGCCCUCCACAGACAAGGGCUGGAAUGACAAACCCUUGACCUGUUAAUCUUUAUUAACUUUGGCCAAGCAGAUGAUUUCACUUUGAUGUCAUUGCUGAGUUAAAUGUGUGAAUAUGUGACGGUGAUCAGACUCUGUCACUCACUAACACAGACUGAGGAGCUGCCCAUUUAAUGUAACUGCAGUUGACCUCAGUGAAUUUGUAGCUCAGAGGUUUUGAUGAUAAUUGUGUAAGAUUUCUUCUGUAUGACUCCUCAUCCAUUGUCAAGAGCUUCCUGUUUCUCCUCAUCAUCAUCAUCAUCAUCAUCAUCAUCAUCAUCA